CUCUUUGCAUAUUCUAGUCCCCAGUAGCUUAAAUGGUCUCCGUGAAUCAUGUCCAGCGGGCAAUCCGCCUGUCAGGCGGAAUUCCACCUUACGAAUCAAGUACUGCUCAUUAAGUGUCUUCGGUGUUCUUCGCCACUAGUUAAACAGUUCCCAUCACAUCGCCACGGCCCGAGUGGUUUCUCGCUGAGCUUGACGCAUGGCUAGUUGGGUCCACGGCACGAUAUCGGUGUCCUUAGCGUUUCUGUCAGUGACUUGGACUGCAGAUAUUGAUCUUGAGCGAUUUAUGAGUUCUGCCAGAAGUUUCUUUGCAGAAUCUUGGAGUGUUUUGUUUAAACAGUUGAGACUGUAUGGCUGUGUCGAUGACUGUUUGGUGGCAGUUGGACGACUGCAAUACUACACAACAGUAACUCAAUAAUUCCUUUAAUGACCCUUCUGAGCGAGCUGCAUUAAAUAUCACAAGCUUUACUCUGCGAUGCACACACUUUAAACACCUCCACCUUUUUUACAACCCUCUAUCUUGACUUAUCAUCCCCACCAUCUCACACUUACUCGGUGACAGUCACUCCACAGUCCCAUCGUGAGUCAAAGACAAGUAUACGCCAAGAACGUCCACGACAACAGGUGACGAAGACAGAAAAGUCUCACAGCAUGUGACAUCCAAGGCUAAAAAG